AUGGCUCAAGAGGAAGCCUACCCAAGGAUCCAUCGGUUCGGAUUUCAAGGAAUGUCUCAUGUCUGGGAUGCACUGGAGAUCCCAAUGGCCGGGGGUGCUCUGAGUGUUGCCGUCCUAUCCCUGGUCUACGAAGGCAUCGGCAUUGCGUGGCUCCCAUUGCUUGGCCCGGCCAUCCAGGAGAUGUUCAAAGGGACUCCCGACUCGUACUAUCCGCGACAUGGGACGGCCAUGGACGGCACGAAAGCUGCAGAUGAGCCAGCCUACACCAUGUUGUAUCUCUGCAUGUAUGGCGUGCUCGGAACGGCUGGCCAGGUGGCGGGUUGGAAGCUUUCGUCGAUGUUUUCCACCAAAUUGGGCAGCUACCGUCCACAGCUCGGCCGCAACGGCCUCUGGCUUUCAAAGAUUUACGCCAGCUUUCACACCACGAUUGCUCUGCACCACCUGAUGUAUUCCGUGCUGGGGCCAAAUCGGUAUGGAAAGCUCGAGCUGCAUCGCGUGGGCAUGGGGCAGCACUACGGCUAUGCAGUCACUUUGGUGUCGGCCCUCUUUUGCCUGGCCUAUGCCCUGCGCCUCCUCCUAGGCACAAGCGCGACCACGCCUGCGGCAGAGGUUCUCCGGGUGAAGACGGUGCUGGACACAGCAUCCGUGGGAACAGUGCUGGAGAUGGCUGUUUUCGUCCCAGCUAUCAUGGCAGACUGUCCUGUGCCAGAGCGCAUUGUCCAGUGGACAUGGCGUCUCACUAUGUCGAGCAUUCCUCUCAUCUUUGUUGUGGACUCUCUCGCAGCCUGA